AUGACUGAAAAACACAAGUGGUGGCACCAGGUGGACUCCAUCGAUGUUCAACAGGGGGGCUUUAAGAAAAAAACCUAUGAGCUCAUGGGUCGGCAUGAGGAGCAAGUGCUUAUCAACCGCAGGGACGUCAUGGAGAAGAAGGAUGCCUGGGACGUGCAGGAGUUCAUCACUCAAAUGUACGUCAAGCAGUUGCUUCGCCAUCCGGCCUUCCAGCUGCUGCUGGCCUUUCUGCUGGUGACUAACGCCAUUACCAUUGCUCUCCGCACCAACUCUUAUCUCGGUCAGAAACACUAUGAGUUGUUCUCGACUAUAGAUGACAUUGUGUUGACGAUCCUUAUCUGUGAGGUUCUCCUUGGCUGGCUGAACGGAUUCUGGAUUUUCUGGAAGGAUGGCUGGAAUAUCCUCAACUUCGCCAUUGUCUUUAUCUUGUUUAUGGGGUUCUUCAUAAAACAACUGAACGAAACCUUCAUCACCUACCCUCUCAGGGCUCUUCGGCUGUUUCAUGUGUGUAUGGCGGUGGAACCCCUGGCCAGAAUCAUCAGGGUCAUCCUGCAGUCGAUGCCGGACCUGGCCAAUGUCAUGGCCCUCAUCCUCUUCUUUAUGCUGGUAUUUUCUGUGUUUGGGGUCACGCUCUUUGGUGCGUUCGUGCCCAGGCAUUUCCAGAACAUGGGGGUGGCUCUGUAUACACUCUUCAUCUGCAUCACCCAGGACGGAUGGCUGGACAUCUACAUGGACUUCCAGGUGGAGGAAAGAGAGUACGCAAUGGAGGUCGGGGGCGCCAUCUACUUUGCUAUCUUUAUCACCCUCGGUGCCUUCAUUGGCCUCAACUUGUUUGUCGUCGUGGUGACCACAAAUCUGGAACAAAUGAUGAAGACGGGCGAGGAGGAGGGGCAUCUGCAGCACAUAACUGUCAAGGAGACAGAUGCAGAGGAAGAGGACUGGACCGAUGAGCUACCACUGGUCCAUUAUACAGAGGCCCGCAAGGAGACUUCCGCAGUCCCUCAGGAACCACUGGUUGGGGGCCCCCUGUGUAACCUCUCAGAAAAGACCUGUGAUAACUUCUGCUUGGUUCUUGAAGCAAUACAGGAGAACUUGCUGGAAUACAAAGAGAUCCGAGACGAGCUCAACACGAUCAUGGAGGAGGUGCGCUCCAUCCGUUAUAACCAGGAGCAGGAAAACGUGAUCAUGCACAAGCGUACCUCCAAAAGCAUGACGUUCCCAAGCGAGUCCUCUGCAGACAUUCGGGAGAUGGCUAACAAGCAAGACUUGAUCACUGCACUAGUCGACAGGGAAAAGGUGUAUGAGUCUACCACAAACCUAGGUAUCAAACACAAGUCCAGCCACUGAGACGGCAGUAUGGGAACUGAAGGCCUGCACACACAGGGCCAGCUGCUGCAUCCCAAACUGGAGCCCAUCCCUCUCCCUUCCACCCGGGCAGCAGAGCCAUGGGGCUGGAAAGGUGGCAGCAUCUGCAGGGCUUAUGCCUGGGAGCCUCAAGUCCAGAGGAGUCAGGAUUCUGGACGAGAGUGGAAGUACAGAAAGGCGUAGCCAGACUUUGGCCUAAAGAUGAGUAUCCCUGACCUCUGCUUCAGCCAGAGCUGGAUGAGGCCUG